GAUUGCAGAGUGUUGACAUAGUAACAAGCGAGAGAGCCUCUGUUUUCAAUUCUUAUUACUUUUCUUCUGUUUCCGUUUUAAAAUAGCGUUACUUUCUCAGGACAACUUCGACUGCUGCCAUGAACGAGGCAGUGGUGAAGAAGACCCAGGACACGCUGGGCAAGGUGAUAAAGAAACCUCCGCUCACGGACAAACUGCUUAGCAAGCCGCCGUUUCGCUACCUCCACGACAUCUUCAGCGAGGUGAUUAGGACCACUGGUUUCAUGAAAGGCCUAUAUGGAGAGAAUGAGAUGAAGUCAGAUAAUGUUAAGGAUAAGGACUCUAAGAUAGCCUUCCUUCAGAAGGCUAUAGAUGUGGUGAUACUGGUGAGUGGAGAGUCCCUGACAGCCAAACCAGCACGCAUCGUCGCUGGCCAUGAGCCUGAGAAGACCAAUGAGCUGCUGCAGGCCAUCGCCAAGUGCUGCCUCAGCAAGCUAUCCAGUGAGGAUGCAGUGAAGCGAGUGAUUUCAGGAGACAAGCUGGACUCCAAGACCAAGGCCAGCACCUCCAGGUCCCAGGACAAGGAGAACAGGGAAGGACGUGAACGUCAUCGUGACAAAGAGGAGAGGAAGGAAAUCACAGAGCGCAGUGGGAGCCGGGACCAGAAAGACCCCGACCAAAACAAAGACCAGGAUAGCCGUCGGAGAGAGGGAGAAAAGGAGCACCAUCGCGACGGCGAGCGUUCUGAUAAGCACCAUCGCAGUGAACGGGACCGCGACAAGGACAAGAGCCGGGACCGGGAGCGAGACAAGGACAAAGGACGAACAAAAGACAGGGACAGGGAUCGAGACAGAGAGAAAGACAGGGAGAGGGAGAAGGGCAGAGAGAGGGAUCGAGAAAGGGAAAAAAAUAGAGAGACAGAGAAGGACAAGGAGAGAGACAAAGACCGUGAAAGGACGAGAGACAGGGAUUCUUUCAGAGACCGAGACCGCGAAAGGGACAAGGAAAAGCGAAGAGACAGAUACAAAGAACGGGAAAAGGACAGAGAACAACACAAAGAAAGUGAAGAGAAGGGCAAAACUCUGGAGAAAGGUGACAAGAAGACCAGAGGAUCAGAGCAAACACAGCAGAAGCCAAACCCCGAAGAGCUCAGCAAAACAGCCAAACCUGCACCAGCGGACCCAAACUCAACUGAAGAGCCAGCAGAAACAGUUGAGAGUCAGUCUAACAGUCCAGCCAGGAUACCUCGGCCUUCAUCUGCCAAAGGGCAGAGGCGAAGGCCCAAAGUUGGAGGUCAAGAUGAAUCUGACAGUGAGGGAGAUGGAGAUACGCCGACCCAGAAGCCUGUUCCCUUGGAGAAUGGAGACGCCUCAGACUCAGCUGUGCCAUCCCACAUGGCCCCCAGCAACAGGAGGAUACCGCGGCCCAGCAGUGCUCGUCCAGCCCCUCCCCGGGUCAAGAGACAGGAGAGCUACACAGAUGCGAUCCCAGCCGAGAGGUUGGCCAGUGCCAAGCCCACAGCACCAGUCAUCAUGGAGGGGAAGAAGCUCUCUGAGGAUGAGGAAGAUGAGGAUGAGCAGUUUCUCGUGGAGGAAGCCGCUCCUCCACCUCCAGACAUGCCUGAGAUGGACAUGGAGCAGGAGUCCACACAGGAACUAGACGUUGAAGAGAAACAUGGCGGACUUGUGAAAAAGAUCCUUGAAACAAAGAAAGAUUAUGAAUCAUCGCCAUCUUCCCCAAAGUCUAAAGAACAGAACUUGGUAUCUGAAGCAGCACGGAAGAAGGAGCGGGACCUUGUGUCACGGGAGAUAGAGCGGCUGCGCUCGUCCAUCCAGACGCUGUGCUGCAGUACCCUGCCCCUAGGCAAGAUCAUGAACUACAUCCAGGAGGACGUGGAUGCCAUGCAGGCUGAACUACACACCUGGCGCCGGGAGAACAAGGAGCAUGCACAGGCCCUGCUGCAGGAGCAGAGCGAGACGGACCGAGCAGUGGAGCCCCUUAAGGCCGAAUUAGCUGAGCUGGAUCAGCUGAUCAAGGACCGGCAGGACAAGAUCUGUGCUAUCAAACUGAACAUCCUGAAGAAUGAAGAGAAGAUCCAGAAAAUGGUGACCGGCAUCAACUUUGCGUCCAGAACCUGAUAUACCUUUUCCACCAGCAAAGAGCCAGGCCACCAUCAAUGAUGCUAUGGUUUCACUCUAAAAGCUGGUUGAAAUGCAGACCAGUUCCUUAGUUUGAACCAGUUCAACAACCAGGAGUUUUUUGGUGGAAAAGGCAUAUGAGGGGAAUAACAAGAUCUAACAUAAACCCAUCUAAAAAUGCACUGAAAGUUUACGGACAAAGUGGUUCUUCCUUAAAGUAAAGCUAAGAAUAUCUGUUUUGGAGGUGAGGUGAGGAUGGGGAAAAAAACUGCACUUUCCAGGGUGUUUAGGAAAGGAGAUGGGCACCCAAACACAACUAGGGUGGGAAAUGAACAUCAUCAGUCAGAAGGUGGUAAAUGAAAUCUCCAAAUUGUGAUUUGGAGGUCCUUUUCUGAUGUAUUUGACUGCUGAAAUGGUGAAUGGAUUGAGAAUACUGAGAUGUUCUGGCCACUGUGUCUGAUGGAUCAAAAAAGUUUCCUGCCCUGCACACUAACCUAACCCCAUCUUUUACCGUCUCUCUGAUGAUGGUGCCUUUGUUUAAUGGCUAAUGCUAGAUUGGAUCAGUCAGAGGGAUGACUCUCAUGAGCACGAUUAAGGUUAGGGUUAGGGCUGAGGUUAAAGUUAGGGCACAAAUCUCAUAAGAGUUUCAGAAAUUGUCCCCCCAGCUGCUCCAAUCUAGUACCAACCUUGUUUAAUGAGCCAGUGCACAACUUAUGACUUGGAAAUUAUACUGGUUCAUUGUAUGUCAUGCUGCUUGAGUCCAUAAAAAGUCCGACACAUUUCAACAGUGAACAGACAUAUCCAUGGAGAUUUAGUUUGCUUGUCAUUUUAAGACCCUUGGACCGGCUUCUCAAUUGUAUUUCUAUAUAAAGUUCAUUUCAAUCCAAGAUAAAAACGCACACACUUCUAGCGCACAGAAAACAUAUUUUUAAUACAUAUUGUUUUUCAUCAGUUUACAAGCACUUUGAAAAUCAGCCACUACUGAGCACAGGACCUUUUAUUUUCACUAAUAAGCAAGCUUGUGCUCUAUUUCAUUCACUCUUUUCUAAGAUAAUGUACCAGUGAUAAUAAUCUUGGAUUCUAGCUGUGCAACCACAGUCAAACAUGCAUUGAAUUUGUUGCACACUUAAACAAAAUGUCCUGGGUUCAGAUCUGUCCUGGUGCUUUUACUGCACAUCAUCCCCCUUGCUCUUGGCUGUCCUCUGUUUCCACUGUCACAUUUCAAGGAAAUAUUACCCCAAUCGAUCCACAGUAAAGCUGAUCUCAGAUUAUCCAGCACAUCCAACCUGAUCCAAACUCUAAGCUGUGCUGUUUUACAGAACAUUGUCAGCAGACUUUGUUACCGUCAACCCUCUCCCAUCUGGUAAUAAGCAAUACAUUUAGUCUUCACUGAUAUGAUGACUGGAUGCCUGACAUUUCUUUAACUGUUCCACUUUUGAAGCACCACUGCACUUUGAGAAGUGUGAUUAGGGGAGGCAACCAUGAAUACUUUUUUUCAAAGGGAAAAGUUUUGACGACACAUCAUUAGACAGAAAACAAAUACUGUUUGUCUCUUUUUCAGAAAAAUAGCUGGUUUACUUUCAGAGUGGUUAAAGGCUAAAUCCGUUUUCCUCCCAGUGGACAUUUAAUAUUGUUUCCUCGAGGUUAUGUUUACCUUACAAAAGUAGCCAUUGUGGAGGUCAUCCUAUACUGCAAUAUUUGCCAAACAAUACUUUUUUGGAAUGGAGAAACGAUGUUGCAGCAGAAACAUUUAUUGGUAAAAGUCUUUCAUGUCUUGACUGCUUUUUAUGUCUUUCAUGAAGUAAAAAGAAAUAUGAUGAUGUGAUUGAUUUGCAUAGGGCCUUUUAUCACUAUCUUAAGGGAAGUGCUUUACAAAUUUAGCUGAUGUAUAAUGAAGCAAUACCAGAGUGGUAAUUACAAUGAGUGAGGACAAUAGAGGAAUGAGACCGAAAGGAACUAGUGUCCCAGUUUUUCAAUAAUUCCAAUAAUGUCUAAUGCCUUAGUCUGUGUGAAGCAAAAAGAUGCAAUAGUGAAAGGAGACGGUGUUUGUCCGCUAUCGGUCUUUGUAUAGCGACCUAUCACACCGUGUGGGAAAGUACACUAAAAACAGGAGGUGGUACAGUGCAUUAUUUCAGCAAACAACAUUUAUAUUAUGUUAUUCUUCUCCCAGACGUCACUGAGAACUACUUAUGGCACCUGUUUAAAGAUUACAAAUUUACUAUCAAGUACUCUGGUUUUUAUCUUUUUAUCAGUAUUACAGAGAGUCCACCUAAUUUUAGUUUAAAAGUUUAAAAUGUUACAAGGAAAAUCUUGGAGAGUGAGAACCCCAUUCUUAAGUUGUUUUUUUUUUUUGUUCCCUCAAUGAGAGUUUCCAUAUUUUUUUAUGGAAGGACGAUUUACACUGUAAACUAUUUGUACCAUAUUCUCAGUCACUCUUUAAACUGUACAUUAUGUAUAUCUGGAGUCUGUAUCAUAGUUAAAAUAAUUAUAUAAUUUUUGUAGUGGAGUGAAAUAAAUGAUUACAUUACAAUAAA